AUGAAGACGCGUUUAACAUCAGUGCUGUACCUCGGGUACACGGCGAUGGACAGACGAUUCUCCACUUCCAUGCUACCCUGGUUGCUGAAAGAAAUAAGGGCUACUGGAGUCAGAGACAAGCUCAGUAUCGCAAUUGAAGAUGGCUGUUUGAAGGCAUACAAUGAGAACUUUGAACCGGUCAUAAUUCAUCGUCUUGUGGAUAUUUUAAGAGCAAGCCAAGUGCCAGGCCGAGCUGAUGAGCUAUUCUACAUUCUACUUAAUGAGAAGGAGGGUCUUCUGCAGUGCUUCCUCUUCAAGACUGCAACUGUUGCUGAGGUAAGUCACUAA